AUGGCACAAGCACGAAGUAAACACAGAUGGCAAACAAUGCGAAGUGCAUUGCAACACACCAGCGUACGCUGCUUCACUUGCGUACUGCCGAUGCUGUUGUUGCUGAUCAGCGGAAGGGUCGAUGGUAGCUAUCACUCCGGCGUUAGCCCAAUGCCGCACGUGCCAGCUGUACCGAAAGACCCCAAUUCACGUUGCGAAGAAAUCACAAUCCCAAUGUGCCGCGGUAUCGGAUACAAUCUAACCUCGUUCCCGAACGAGAUGAACCACGAAACGCAGGAGGAAGCUGGACUAGAGGUGCAUCAAUUUUGGCCACUGGUAGAAAUCAAAUGUUCACCGGAUUUGAAAUUCUUCCUUUGUUCGAUGUACACCCCGAUCUGCAUCGAGGACUACCACAAACCGUUACCGGUGUGUCGCAGCGUGUGUGAACGGGCGAGAGCCGGCUGUGCACCGAUUAUGGAGUCAUACAGCUUCAACUGGCCAGAGCGAAUGGCCUGUGAAAAUCUACCUGUUUCGGGGGAUAGUGAUAAUUUGUGCAUGGAAAUGCCGAAUGAGGAAGAGCACGGAGAUCGUGGUACCGGAGGUACAUCCGCCGGCGGUAGUGGUGGAUCGGGACAUUCGAACAAACCGACGCGUAAAUCCCACGGAGGUAGUGGUGGCCAAAACAGCGGUGGUGGCAACCAGCAAAACAACAAAUGCAAGGGCAAGAAUUCAAAAAACUGCCAAAAUCCCCCAGGGGAAAGAACAAAAGAGUGCAUGUGCCGGUGCCGGGAGCCACUGGUCCCCCUGGGGAGGGAAAGCACCACAACACUACUGCACCAUCACGGCAGCCUAAGCAGCAACCAAAGUGUAAAAAGGGUCGGCGACGUGCAAAACUGCGCGAUCCCGUGCCGGGGAGCGUUCUUCACCCAGGAGGAAAAGGACUUCGCCGGCAUUUGGAUAGCGCUGUGGUCCGGCCUCUGCGGCAUAAGCACCCUAAUGACACUGACCACCUUCCUCAUCGACACCGAAAGGUUCAAAUACCCUGAGAGACCGAUCGUUUUCCUGUCCGCGUGCUACUUCAUCGUUUCCUGUGGCUAUCUGACGCGCAUCUUUCUCGGCCACGACGAAAUUGCAUGCGAUGGGAAAUCGAUCAAAUAUCCUUCGACAGGCCAGAGUUCCUGCACUAUGAUUUUCAUUAUGAUUUACUUCUUCGGCAUGGCGUCGUCGAUAUGGUGGGUGAUCCUAUCGUUCACGUGGUUCUUGGCGGCCGGGUUGAAAUGGGGCAAUGAAGCGAUUUCGAAACAUUCGCAGUAUUUCCAUUUGGCCGCGUGGCUCAUUCCGACCGUGCAGACUGUGUCGGUUUUACUGCGACCCGCCGUUGACGGGGAUCCUGUGGCAGGAAUUUGCUACGUCGGCAACACCUCCGUCGAGAAUCUGAAGAACUUCGUGCUGGCUCCGUUGUUUAUGUAUCUGGUAGUCGGAACCACCUUCUUGAUGGCCGGAUUUGUAUCGCUGUUCCGCAUUAGAUCCGUAAUCAAGCAACAGGGUGGUAUCGGUGCCGGUUCCAAGGCAGACAAACUAGAGAAACUGAUGAUUCGGAUAGGAAUCUUCAGUGUGCUGUACACUGUGCCGGCAACAAUCGUCAUCGGUUGCCAUCUGUACGAGGCGUCCUAUUUCGAGGACUGGAUGACCGGACUAACGUGUCCGUGCAAGGUGGCACCUGGCCUUCGACAGAAACCGCUCUACUCGGUGCUCAUGUUGAAGUACUUCAUGGCGUUAGCCGUCGGCAUUACGUCUGGCGUUUGGAUUUGGUCCGGGAAAACAGUUGAUUCGUGGCGGCGGCUCUGGAGAAGACUGUUCGGUUCGCCUGACCCAACUGGUGCGGGACAGGUGCUGAUUAAGCCGCGACCUCCACUACCCCAACCGUACGCUACGUCCGGCAUCGGUGUGCCAGGAUCGGCGGCAGCCUCACUACUGGCUACACCAUACACACAAACCGUUGGCAGUGUGGCUUCCACCAGCCACCACCACCUGCACCAUCACGUUCUCAAGCAGGCACCGCUUAGUCACGUAUGA